CGGAAGGACCGCUGUGCGGCUAGCUGGCUGAUUUCAUCUAGUGAUCGGUUUUCUGCAUAGCGACCUCUGCUGACCGGAACUAGAGUUACUUUGUGCGGGAUGACACGUUAUUACCGGCCAGAGGCUUUAUGUGACAAUGUUUGUGCCGAGAGCAGUGAAGAGGCGACAGGAAACCGAGGGACCUGCAGUGAGGAAGAAGAGGGGGGCGGGGGGCCUGAACUGUCAGUCGUCAGUAAAUAGUAAUGCUUCUUCAUGUCUGACUUCUCUAGCAGCACCUGCUGUCACUUCUCUUCAUAAUGCCCUGCUCCCCACUGCAGUGUCCUCCUCCUGUGCUGUCCUUCUCUCACCUCCUCCUCCUGCUGCUGUACCAACACAUGGAUCCCCAUCUGAUGCUGCAACACUUGACACCGCAGGUGAUGCUGGAACGCAUGGCUCCCCGUCUGCCGUAACACUGACCACCCCAGGUGAUGCUGGAACGCAUGGCUCCCCGUCUGCCGUAACACUGACCACCCCAGGUGAUACUGGGACGCAUGGCUCCCCGUCUGCCGUAACACUGACCACCCCAGGAGAUGCUGGAACGCAUGGCUCCCCGUCUGCCGUAACACUGACCACCCUAGGUGAUGCUGGAACGCUUGGCUCCCUUUCUGAUGCCUCAACACUUGACACCGCAGGUGAUGCUGCAACGUAUUCAUCAACAUCUGCCCAUGCUUCUACAGCACAUGUCACCCCAUCUUCCCAUCUCUCAGCCUCUUCUGCUUCUCUGGGUCCUGUACCACCUCCUGCUCCUCUUCCACCAUCUCCCUCUCUUACGCCAUCCUUACCCCCUGCCUCUGAUGCUGAGGAUGAACCCAUCAAAUCCUACAGCAAACUUCAGCGCUGGCCGCUCCAGGGGGAACCUGUCUGUGUUAUAUGUGAGAGAUAUGGAGAGUACAUCUGUGACCAGACGGAGCACGAUGUGUGUAGUUUAGAGUGUAAAGCCAAAGACCUCCUGCAAUCUACAGGGGUAUCCUCAUCGGAAGACACCGCACUUGCUCGCCAGUCAUCAGUUAAUGUAACCGCUGUAGAACAAUCCCCUUUCUCUAGUCCGGGUGACAUUGUGACAGUUGUACCCCCUGUGCAUCAGCCCAUGGAGGCAGCGUCUUCACGAUCAAAUGAUACAAGCUACACCUACAGAGAGCACGAGUUCAUCACCCAGCUGGGGCAGGAUCAGAUUGACACUUUAAGACAGCAGCUUGGCUUAUCUGUACAUGGAAACCUGGUGUGCAGGCCAAUCAUAGAGUUUGAGCACUGCAACUUUCCUCCCACGCUUUGCACAAACCUGAAACGGGCCGGAUAUGAACUGCCUACUCCCAUCCAGAUGCAGAUGAUCCCUGUUGGACUGAUGGAAAGGGAUAUCCUGGCGAGUGCUGACACCGGAUCUGGGAAGACUGCUGCUUUCCUCCUUCCAGCUGUCAUCAGAUGUAUGGAACAGAAGGACGCCCCCGCUGCACUCAUCCUUACGCCCACAAGGGAGCUGGCAGUGCAGAUAGAGAAACAGGCCCAGGAGCUGAUGUUCAAACUUCCCCAAAUGAAGACUGCUUUACUUGUGGGUGGGAUGCCAUUACCACCCCAGCUGCACCGACUUCGGCAGAAUGUGCAGGUUAUUAUUGCAACUCCUGGAAGACUCUUAGAAAUCAUUAGUCAAAAUGCUGUGAACCUUGGGGAACUGAAGAUCCUGAUCCUGGAUGAGGCAGACACCAUGCUAAAGAUGGGGUUUCAGCAGCAAGUGCUUGAGGUUCUGGAGAACAGCUCACCAGAUCGUCAGACAGUGCUGGUCUCAGCCACCAUUCCCGACAGCAUUGAGAGGUUUGCCCAGCAGCUUUUGAGGGAUCCAGUGCGGAUAACUGUUGGCGAGAAGAACCAACCAUGCUCUAAUGUUCGUCAGAUUGUACUUUGGGUGGAAGAGCCUUCCAAGAAAAAAAAGCUGUUUGAAAUACUGAAUGACUCAAAGCUUUUCCAGCCCCCUGUACUGGUGUUUGUGGAUUGCCGCCUGGGUGCAGAUCUGCUCAGUGAAGCUGUUCAUAAGAUUACCGAAUUACAUUGUGUUGCUAUUCAUUCUGAAAAGUCCCAGUCAGAAAGGACUAAGAUACUACAGGGCUUACUGCAGGGGCAAUAUGAUGUUGUAGUCAGCACCGGUGUCCUGGGCAGAGGUCUGGAUUUAGUUCAUGUGAAAUUGGUUGUGAAUUUUGACAUGCCAUCAAGCAUGGAUGAAUAUGUUCACCAGAUUGGAAGAGCAGGACGACUGGGUCACCGAGGAACUGCAAUUACCUUUAUUAAUAAAAACAACAAAAAUCUCUUCUGGGAUCUGGUAAAGAGGGUGCAGCCAACAGGGUCCCUGCUUCCCCCGCAGCUGCUGAACUCACCGUAUCUCCAGGAGCAGAAGCGGACAGAACAGAGAAAGCAUCAUGACCAAAACAAGGUGGUCACAGGAGACCAGAUUCUUAAUCUCAUCCGAAAACAUGACAGAAAAAAACCACGCAAGUGACCAGAACACUCUGUGACUUGUAUAUAAAGGACUCCUUUCGGUUUUUGACCUUGGGAAAAUUAUGCUUUCUCAGGGAAAAAAACAAUAUUUCUCUCAUUAUUGAGAGUUUUUUUCAUGGAUUUUUUGUUACUGUCUUCUUUGUAAAGUUGUCUGUGUAUAAAAAUUUCUAGAACACAAAUUUGCUUGCCAUUAAUGGU